AGAAUAUGCAUAUGGACAGAAUUGAAUUAAAAAGUCACGACUCAGAUAAGGUUUGUCGAAUUUAUUAUUUGCCUCCAGUUAAACUGCUCAAAUAGUUAUAGUAUACCCAAAGUAUGACAACGACAACAUCACUGGAUUCGGCAGCCGGGCCGCUGGCAAGCAGCGCUAGCGCGGAUUGGGUGCGGCAAAAAGCGGCGGAGGUUUUCGGCAAGCUGGAUCGGGAUUUUCGGUACGGCAAGGGAGAUGCGAAGCGAUCGUCGGCCGAAAUUCGUAGCUGGGUGGACGCAGGGGAGCCGCGAACUUACGACGGCUUCGACGACGUAAUGGCGGGUUGUCCGGAAACGGGAUCUGCGUCCAGCUUCCGCAAUAAAAAAGCACGGUUCGACCAUUUUGGGUUUCUGCAUUUGGAACAUUUCGCGUCAGAGCCUGAGUGCGAGGGGAUGAAGACUCGGAUGCGCGAACUUGUGGAGGCCUGGGACCCUUUAGAGUCCGAAACUUUUCGGACCGACGCCAAGCAGGAGUCCGCACAGGGGAGCAGUGACUACUUUUUGGACUCAAGCAACCGCACGCACUUUUUCACGGAGGUGGGCGCGCGGAGCGAGGACACGAAGGAGCUCCUAGUGCCAAGACAGGAGGCGUUGAACAAAGUGGGGCACGGAAUCCAUGUGUCGGACGAAGUUUUCCGGUCGUACUGCCUUUCAGACAAGAUGGUGGAGCUGGUAAAGAGCCUCGGGUUAUCAAAUGCAAAAGUGUCUGGGUCUGGAAGAGUGCGCGAUUUUUCAUGCUGCUUUUCCAUGACCCAUGAGGUCUGGAAUGCAGGACCUAGCAUGACGGAUUCUGCGAGACCUUUCUGAUGCCUAUCCUGCAUGAGAAACUCCCUCCCGACUUGAUCAAAACUGGACGACUAUUGGUAAUCAUGCAACACAGAUUUUUGCAUGCUGCAGAUUUAGCAUGACAAGUUGCAAUCUUCCAGACCCAGACACUUUUACAUUUGGUACGGGUGGAAAAACCCGGAAGUGCCGCAAUCCAUGUACAUUUUCAAGCAACCCCGGAUCGGCGGCGAGGUCACUUCGCACCAGGAUUCCACCUUCCUGCACACCACUCCGAGGCUAUUACAAUGAAAAAUGCCCCCACCCCCAAAGUUGCAAUAAUUUGUGAUGCAAAGUUUCCAAGUGAAAACUUUUUGUCAUGCAUGAAAGGACUAUGAAUCUUUCUGAUGCAGAGUCUAGGCGUAUAUCGCAUUGCUUGCAUGACAAGCGCCGCUCUUGCUGGGAUCUUGCGCAAUACAAAUUUUUUCUAUUCACGAUUGGAAAUCUGUGAUGCUGAUAGAUGCAAGAGGGCGAAUGUUUCAUUUGCAAAGGUUUGCAAUACAAAUGCUCCCAAGUUCGGGGGCGGGGGCAUUUUUCAUUGUAAUAGCGGCAGACCUGCCUGGGGCUGUGGCUCGCCUUGGAGCCCGCCACCUUGUUCAACGGGUGUUUGUGGGUACUUCUACCUGUGCUAAUAAUUUUCAAGGAAUUAUUAAAAGGCAGACUAGAUGAUAAUUAACCGCAACCACUUCUAGUUUGUCAUCGAAUACUUUUCGUGGCGAAAGGAAACGAAAGCUUGGGCUGGUCGUACUGGGUAAAGAGGAGGUACAUCGAAGUCGCAUAGAUUUUUUUGUAGAAGAACAUCCGACCACACGGACAUGACCUGCAGGUGCGUCCGUUUUCGCAUUGGGAGGGUUUGCGAAGGCGCUUCGUGCGCAACGAGAAGCACUUUGCAGCGACCAGCAGUGCGGAGAAGCAGCAGCAUCCGCAAAUGAUUUUCGAGGACGAGACUCCUCGAGAAGAAUGGGGCGACGCCGUUUCGUGGGAGGGUGGACUACCUACAGCUACGGGGAAGAACGGACAAGCCGACUCUGGAGAUUAUACGGCAAAGAUUAAUAAGAGCCCAGAGGAGGUAUUCAACGAGGAGUGCGCAGCCUUGUUUCAGCACAAUUUCGUUCCUGUUGAAUGCGCCGCGGGGGAUCUCGUAGUGUUUCCCGGAACGCUAGACCAUCUUUCCCUCGCGAAUCGCUCGCAAAAAUCGCGGCACACGUUUCAAUUGCACCUGGUAGAGGGCCCCAGUGCUGGAGUUACUUGGAGUGCUUCAAAUUGGCUGCAAUACCCCUCAGGGGAGAAAUUCUUACCCCUUGCUGUAGUUGGAUGA